AGCCAGGGACUACAUGGGUCGUGGCAGCCGGUCCGCGCGUUGCAAUUCUUGCAAAAUUGGAUCGCUCACCGACCGGAGGCACGAUUACUUCGAGAACGAGAGGAGAUCGAAAGAGAACUUCAGGCCGGAAAUGUAGUGCCUAUCUUGGAACGGAUGACCCCCGAGCAAUUGGAUGCGCAACGGCUCCUCAUUUCUUUGCUUGACUCCAGGGCGUGGACGACGGAUUUCAUUGGCGCUGUCCUUGAGGAUCCUCACUUUGUUCCUCGUCGGGAGCUAACCCCGGAGGAGGAUGCAGCCAGUAUUUCGCACUUUGAAAACAGUGUCCGCGACGCGUUCCAAAGGCGUGGUGACCGCGUGCUACAGACCCCAGGCCUGCGUGAGAGCGAUCACGAAGAAGUGGGUCUGCUGCCAUGGCUGGAAAGGUUCGCCUUGCGCGGGACCUCGGGCACAGUUUUCUUCCGGGUGCGCAAUUUCUACAUCGGCCGCGACGAUGGGAUCCUCAGAGCCGUGGUGAUUACCGGCUUGGAGCCGAGUGACGCCUGGCUGCGGGAGGGAUUGGACGAGGGCCGGGGGUUCGUGUGGCACCCGGAAUACGAGUUGGAUCACACGACCGUUUUCCACGCGGAGGACGUGACUACAACGGGAUACGGAACUUCUACUUCCCGUCGGGAGAUACGGUGGAAAAUAGCCGACGGGGAGUUCCCGUCCGACACUGCCGAAGCUUGGCAAGAGAAGCUGCGAGAACAAGCUGAAUCGCAACAACGUCCCCGUCCGGGAAUCUUGCGCGACCAGGAGCAGCGCGGCGGCGGCCGAGGAUCUUCGGAUCGUGGACCUGCGGCUUCAGAAAGUUUUGGACCGGCCAGGGCUUUGGAGGAUGAGCCGGGGCGGCCGCGUGCUGGUGCUUCGUUGCCUUCUUCCUCCUCUUCGCGGCCAGGAAAGAGGGGCGCAGCGCCUUCUCAGAUAGGAGAAACACCACCAACAGUAGAUCAGCGAGGUCCACCUCUGGCUUAUAAUUUGGUGCCCAUGAUCGAGCGCCGCUUCGUGACGCAACUUCAGCAAAGCUUGGAACCGCUACGACCUGCUCCGGCAGAGGGUAGCAUCGCCCCACGACACCGGGAAUACGCACCGGACAUAGAGGCGCUCCAGCUCUUUAGAGACUGGAUCACGCUUCGGCCGAAGGUGAAGAACAGGCGUCGUCGUGAAUCGCGGCGACAGAAGCCCGGCGCCGGCCAUCCGGGAGAAGAACCGCAGCCGCUCCUGGAGCCGAUGACCCCCCAGCAGAAGGCCCUACAGAGAGUUUUCAUUCGCCUACUCGAAAGCGCCAGGUGGACUGUGCCUACGACCCGCCCGGCUACCCUCGGAGAUGGCGCAGUGAACAAGGGCGAGACGUUGGAAGAGCAAGCCGAAGUCUGGACACAAUCCGAGCUGUUGCAAGAUCGUAUUGAGGCUGCGUUCGAUAGUUACAACCGUGACACAUUUCGGAACAGGUCGGAAAAUCAUGACGUGCCAGGUCUGCGAGGCCUCGAGACGCUUGCCCUGGGUGGGGGAUUUAGUGGCGGGACUGUAAUUUUCGGGGUCCGGAAUUUCUAUUAUGACGAGACAACCGGCACGCGCAGAGCUGUGGUGAUGACCGGUUUGAAGCUAUCCUGUGUAAAAACGUCCCCAACUUCCCAGGGUUCUCAAGUAGAUGGGGAUUUUGCUAUAGAAGUCAACAGGUUUUGUGGGUUGUGCAUGACAAGUUUAGGUUCGCAUUGUAAUCUUGUUUUGUAGCACUAGCAGGUACUGCAGCCGCAUGAGAAACACAGCGCCUUAAUAUGAUCGUGGUGGUAGCAUGACAAAUUCCCAAGCAGCAUGAGGAAAAAAUGCUCCUCAUGUGAUUGGGAUUGCGCAUGUUGAGAAAGAGAAACAACAUUUUACUUAUGCAGAUUUGCAUGACAACUCGGGGAGGACCAUGCGGAUGUUUUUCCUCAGGACAGGAACCGCGCAGCCGAGACUUCGCGUGGGGGCCAGAGUACGAGGUGGAUCACACGACCGUGUUCGAAGCUAUCGAUGAAAAAUAUCGCGCGGCGACAGCCGGAAGCGAAAUUCCACCACGACCACAGCUGUGGUGGAAAAGUAAGCCUGGUGAGUAUCAGUCAGCAGCUGCACGCGAGCUUUACCGUGCGCGGCGGGAGGAAAUGAACGCGAGGAGACAACGCGGCGGCGCACAGGAUGUAGAUCAUUCACCGGAACCAGCAGUCUGGGUCUCACUCCCAGACCAUGGGGGUGCUGCGCCUGCGCCUGGUCCACCCCAACGACCGGUGGGGCGUCGACGUCGCGGCGAUCUGGAUGAGGAGCUGCAAACAGAGGCCGCACUCCUGGAGUCUUUGGCAGCAGUGCCACGGCAAAACGUGCAAAACCGGUGGCAAGAUGUUUGUGACAGCGAUAAUAAUGUUAGUGACAGCGAAAAGCGAGGUCGUGACAGUGGCGAAGCCGGCGGCGCCGCUGCGUCGUCACAUCGAGCCACGAGCCGUCGCGCGUCUCCACUGCGCCGUCCUCUUCUUGGUACAUCGGCGAGCGACGCCGGAGGGGGACCAACUCUCCCCGGGCCGUCGUCGUCGUCGAUGCCGCGGCACUCUGCCCGUGGACGCCGUGACCCCACUGGGCCCCCAGGAGGGCAGCCACCCUCGUAGGGAGGCAGCUGCUGUGGGCGAAGAACCUCACACGGCAGGCCUGUGCGGGCAGUCCCAGUCGAGUCUGUCGGACCCGGACUGAGUCGAAGAUCAGUUGUUUCGGGCGUACGGCUUAAAAGCUUGAUGUUGUCCUAGCGGGCGGUCGAAGUAGUGUAUAGAAAGUAUAACAAAGCAGUUUUUCUAUUUCUAGCUACUGGUGCAACAAUUUCUGGCUCUGCUAAUAAAGACCGAGCAGGAUAAUGAUAAAAUGAAAGCAGGAGCAUAUGCAGCCACAUAUUUUUGUCAGUGUAUUUUUCUCUGUAGUAAGAUAACAUUUCCCGCAUGAUCGUGAUCCUAAAGAUGUCUGUAGGCCAUCAGCAGGCACUCUUCUUCCUGCCUAUCUUCAUGCCCUCACGACCUCGUACCUCCGCACGUGAUACUUUAGGCGCCGUUGCCUUGAGGCUUUCAGAACUUUACGGACCGUACAACCCCAUGUAACGGCCCCGUUAUGUCACAGUAUCAACAUGUAAAAGUUUAAGUUUUAGAACGAAAAUCGAUUCGACCGACUUGUUAAAAAAGGAUCAUCUUCGCGACAUGGGCAACAUUUUGCGUAGACGUGGUGAGACACUUAACCUAGCGUGACCAAAUAACGAAAGCACGACACAGAAAUGUCUCCGAGGCUGACUGUAACUAGACGACCAAAUUUCAAAAAACAACAGCAGCACUUCGUGUACAAUUCUCGCGAGAACACCACUAUACUGACUUUUUUAUACAUACCUCUUGCCGCGAGGGGGUUCUUCGCUCUAUUCAAACUCAAAGUCUCCUUUCAUGUACAAUCAUUUUCAUUUUCCAGCACUGACACUGCCAUUUUUUUCAUCAUUUUCUGGUACAGGAACACAAAACAGAUGUCCGUCAAGAAGCACAAAAAGUGCAGGAGCUGCAACUGCAACAUGAACAUGUAUUGAAGUAAGUAAAAGUAGACCUCUGUCUAAACCAUACAGCAGCUCUGUCUUGAAAGUAGACACAAGAUCUUCACAAGGAGAAAAAAAUGAGAAAGCUAGUCUUGAGAAGACUAUGAACGCGAAAACCGAUCGUGACC